AAAUUCGUCCGCUUUAUUCACCCAAUGAGCAAUGGUGCGUCUGAUUUUCAGCAUAAUCGACCAAAGUGGCGAUGGAUAUUGGCAAAUUAGUGGUGCAUGCGAAUUAUUUCCUCUUUUUCUUUCCUCAUACAGAUACACACACGCAUUCUCUGUCUGUGCUUUGAUCUACGUGUUUCCUCUUUGCACGGUUAUAUUUUUUUACCUAGCCGACGCAUCUUCAUCGGUCGUGGAAACACAUGGUCUUUAGCGGCAAACAUUCAAUAUGCCUUCUUUACGUGUCCCUUGGAUACAGGAUUGCAACGUUUAUCCUAAUGCAAUUUUUAGGUAGCAAUGACACAAGGAUCAGCCAAACAAUAUAUCUAGUUUCAUCUGUACCGAAAAUAACCUUUUGAUUCAGUCUCGUUGACGAAUGGC